AUGUUGGAUCCCACUUUCGAAUCAAUCAAGUCUCCAAGAGAGUAUUUCGUCCCGAAACCUGAUACGCAAGCGAUCCUGGGCGAGAUCCAGGAAACAGAGCCGGAAUGGACGCCAGGGCGGGCAGAAUACGCAGCCAUGGCUACCAUAUCCGUGAUUUCUCUCAUGGUAGCUCUGGAUGCCACCGUAUUAGUCCCUGUGCUGCCUGACCUUGCCCUCGACCUGGGCGGUUCCGCCACCGACGCUUUCUGGGCCGGCACCUCCUACCUUCUACCCUGCGCCGUCUUCCAGCCGUUCAUCGGCGCCCUAUCCGACAUCUUUGGCCGCAAAGAAAUGCUUCUGGUCUCCUUGUUCUUCUUCACCCUCGGCACUCUGCUCUGCGCCCCCCUCGCUCGAGACUUCACCGCCUUGCUGGCCGGCCGCUCCCUACAGGGCGUCGGCGGCGGCGGCAUCAUCACAAUGGGCCAGAUCAUCUUCGCCGACAUCGUGCCCUUGAGGCUGAGGCCCAAGUACUUCAUUUUCGUGCUCGGCGCCUGGGCUAUCGGGAGCGUGCUGGGGCCGUUGUUGGGCGGGCUGUUUGUCGAGCACGCGACGUGGAGGUGGUGCUUCUACAUCAACUUCCCGUUCUGCGCCCUCGGCUUCGUCAUGGUGCCGCUGUUUGUCCGUCUUUCGACGGAGAAAUCGUCACUGGGGUCCAAGCUACUCCGCGUCGACUUCCUGGGCGGAUUCCUCUUCAUUGGCGGCAUGACCAGCUUCCUCGUUGGCCUCUCCUGGGCAGGCAUUCAGUAUGAAUGGACCUCUAUAGCCGUCAUAGCCCCCAUCAGUGCCGGCGCCGCGGCCGUGUCCUUUUGCCUGCUCUGGGAGAGAUACGGCGCGGCGGAGCCCUUCCUGCGCCGCUCCCUCUUCUACUCGUGGUCCGCGGUGGCCGCCUACCUCGGCGCCUUUUGCCAGGGUUUCCUACUCUUCUGCGGCCUGUACUACAUCCCGUUCUACUUCCUCUCCGUCCGCUUCGUUACGCCCACCCAGUCUGGCCUUAACCUUUUCCCUGUCACUUGCCUCCUCCUCCCUGGUUCCAUCAUCGUCUCCGUCCUCACCUCCCGGCUCGGCCGCUUCCGCUGGGCCAUCUGGUCAGGCUGGGCCAUUACCUCCACAGGCUGCGGCUUGCUUGUACUGCUGGAUGAGAAUACAACGACGAUGAUGUGGGCCAUCUGCCUCGCCGUUUUUGGCAUUGGAAACGGCAUGGUGCUCACGAGCGUCAACGUUGGCACCCAGGCCAUCAGCCGCGUUGAGGACUGCGGUCGUGCCGCGUGCAUGUAUGCCUUCAUGCGCACGCUGGGGAUGAGCGUCGGCGUCGCUGUCGGGGGCACCACGUUUCAGAAUGUCAUGACGAACCGGCUGCAGGAGCUUGGCAUGUCAGAGGCCAUCGCCAAGAACGCCGAGAUAUACGCAACACACCUGGCUGCCAUGGACUCUGCGGAUCCGGAGCGUAUUGGGGCUUUGUCGGCUUACGUGACGGGGUUUCGGGGUGUGUUCUGGGUCAUGACGGCCACCGCAGCCUUUGGGUUUCUGUCCAGCUUGAUAAUUCGCAAGCACACUAUGGAUAGGACUCAUGAGUCCAAGUUCACGCUACAGGGAGCGAAGAACAGGAAGUCAGAGGUCCCAUCAGUUGUAAGUAACGUGAUCAAAGUUUGA